CGAACCAUUUCCAAAUUUUCUACCAGUGUACCCUGCCUUGGUGCCGCCCUAAAGAAAUAACGUCAAACGCCGAAUCUCUUUCACAGAGCAUAACUGCUGCUCCAAAGUCCAAACCACUCUCUCUCUCAUUUUCGUCCCUUUUCUUUGCUAAUAUUCUGUAAUUUCGUUGGUCACGCUGGGAGGAACUGUUCUACCUUCUAGGUUUUCGAGUAGACACCAAUGGGUAGUGGAGCUCCUGAAACGAAUCGUUUAACGAACAAAGAAGAAGCUGUUCACAAGCAUUCCGAUGUGCUUUCAAAAUUGCAUCUUGACGAGAGCAAGUUCGACGUGCAAUUCAAACUGUGGGCACUUCGAAUCCCUUGCCAACAUUGCACGCUCGCCACUCGAAUCCUCAACGGUUACUUGCUCGACAAGCCCCGAGUUAAACCCAUCACCGAGGACCCUACCUGUGCCAAAAACCGUUAUCUUAUACUCUCUGACAAAGUUCAGAACCAAGAUUUAUCGGAUAUUCCAAAACAAAAGGUUGACGAGCUUAAGGGCUUGUGUGAGAUUGAAGUUGUGCCCUAUUCGUUGACACUAGGGUACUCUUAUUGGAGUGCAGAACAUGUGCUGAAGCAGAUACUGCCUACUGGAGUGGAGGUGCCUUCAUCAUUUGAAACAAUUGGUCAAGUUGCCCAUUUAAACCUACACGACGAAUUACUUCCCUAUAAAGAUGUUAUUGCGAAGGUUAUUUAUGAUAAAAAUUAUCCAAGAAUUAAAACUAUUGUGAAUAAAGUUGGAACCAUUACAAAUGAAUUUCGUGUGCCAGAGUUUGAAGUUUUAGCAGGAGAGCAUAACAUGAUUACAGAAGUGAAGCAAUAUGGUGCCACUUUUAAGCUUGAUUACAGUUUGGUUUAUUGGAAUUCAAGAUUGGAACAUGAACACAAAAGGUUAGUCUCAAUGUUCCAUGCUGGAGAGACCAUUUGUGACAUGUUUGCGGGUAUAGGUCCGUUUGCAAUUCCUGCAGCACAGAAAGGAUGCAUAGUCUAUGCGAAUGAUUUAAAUCCAGAUAGCAUUCACUAUCUGAGGAUUAAUGCCAAAAUCAACAAGGUUGAUGAUUGCAUUUAUGCAUACAACAUGGAUGCUAGAAAAUUCAUCUCCCAGUUGAUGGAAGUGCCAAAUACUGAGGCCACAUUAGAACACUCACCCGAAGUUCCCAUUUUGGAUGCUAGUCACACAUGCAAGAUACAAGACAAUGCUGAAUCAAAUUCUGAAAAUGAGUUGCUAACUGUUGCUACAAAAGACUUAGGAGACAGCGAUAAUAGUGGUUUAGAGGAUGUACAGGGUUCAACAAGGCAUGCUGCUACAUCUGUAACUGCUGGUAAAAGAUCUUCUAGUAGUUAUGAUGAAGGGAAUGGAAGGGCUCAUGAAACUGGCAUCCUGGAAGGUGGUAGGAGGAAAGGUGGCACGAACAAGAGAAUGAGAGGCUCUAAAAUCUCUAAGACAAAAACUUGGGAACAUUUUGAUCACGUAAUAAUGAACCUACCUGCAUCUGCUAUUGAGUUUCUAGGCAGAUAUGUAACUCAAAGAUAUGCCCUGCCAGAUGCAUUCAGGGGUUUAAUCCAGAGGAAAUAUUGGAAAGGAUGUCUACCAUGGAUUCACUGCUAUUGCUUCAUUAGGGCAACUGAAACUGAGGAGUCUAUAAAAGCUGUGGCAGAAUCUGCUUUAAAUGCUCCUAUACAAGAUGCAAGAUUUCAUAGGGUUAGGGAUGUGGCUCCAAACAAGACAAUGUUUUGUUUAAGCUUUAGGUUGCCUGAAGCAUGCGUUGUUGAAGAUAGUCAAUAACAUUAUCUGUCCUUGGGGGUGCUGAAGUGAAGUUAGCUUUGUAUAAUACUACCUUAGUUUUCAGGGUUUGAUGGAUGCAUUGAUUGAUUCAGUGCCAUGUUCUAUCUGAUGACUCGAAAACAAUCUUAGUGUAAUGUGACAUUUAACAGAAGGAAUAGGCAAUAUUCAUUGAAACUAUAGAAGGGUAUAUUCAUUCUUCUUGAGAUGCAUUUAUGCAUUGUACUUUAAAGCAAAAAGCACCCAGUUGAUUUUAAAGCUGCGUUUGGUGCUUUCGAAUUAUACACAGAACUAUAAUAUUAUUAUAUAUU